AAUAAUUGGAAAAUAAUUGGUAGUCUCUUACCCCAGGAUGGCCUAUAUGAAAUCAUCACAUUGUGUUAUUUAAACAGUCACAAUGGCAGACGCGCUAGAAUUUUGCGUGAAAUGGGGUGGAAAAGAAUAUAAGUUAACUGCACUGACAGCGCAACAAACAGUUUCAGACAUGAAAAAAUUGAUACAAGAUGAAACAGGUGUCCGCCCGGAAAGGCAAAAAUUGCUUGGCUUGAAGUUCAAAGGAAAAGUACCAGAUGAUUCUGUUGUACUGGGUGACCUUAAACUGAAGCCAGGAACCAAGAUUAUGAUGAUGGGAACAAGGGAGGAAGAAAUAACAAAGAUAGUAGAGCCACCACCAGAUUUACCAGAGGUUGUGAAUGACUUUGAUAUAGAAGAGGAAGAAAUAGCAAUAGAGAAUAGGGAGGAAUUUUUACAGAAAAUAGAGAAGAGGGUGAAGGAUUAUAAGAUAGAUAUUAUAACAGAACCAAGAAAAGGAAAAAAACUACUUGUGCUUGAUAUUGAUUACACACUUUUUGAUCACAGAUCUGUGGCAGAGACAGCCAAUGAACUUAUUCGACCAUUCCUGCAUGAGUUUCUUACCUCAUCAUAUGAAGACUAUGAUAUUGUUAUCUGGUCUGCUACUGGUAUGAAGUGGAUUGAAGUUAAGAUGAAAGAACUAGGUGUCACAUCACAUACUGAAUAUAGAAUCUGUUUUAUGAUUGACAGUGGGGCUAUGAUUAGUGUACAUACACCAAAGUAUGGAGUUAUAGAGGUUAAACCACUAGGUGUAAUAUGGGGAAAAUAUCCGCAGUGGGGACCACACAACACAAUUAUGUUUGAUGAUAUCAGAAGAAAUUUUAUCAUGAAUCCACAAACUGGCUUAAAGAUUCGUCCAUUUAGACAAGCUCAUUUCAGCCGAGAAAAGGAUAGAGAAUUGUUAAAAUUGGCAAAAUACUUGAAAGAUAUUGCAGCAGUAGAUGAUUUUACAGUACUGAAUCAUAAAAAAUGGGAAAAAUACAGACCAAAGAGGAAACAUACAGAGUCCAAUGUAGAGGAUGAAGUCUCAUCAAAAGGUGUGAAAGACAAAGGUUCUGGCGACAAAACUGGAAGUUGAUAAAUGGUUUAGUUGUAGUAAGCCAGGCCAGUCACUGUUAAGUUGUUUAUGUUUCCAAGUCUUGUCAGUUGAAUAAGCAUUUAUGCAUUGCAUCUGCUGCGUCAGGCACAGACAAAAGCGUUGCCAGUAUGAAGUGUUGCUGACGGAAGUAACCUUUUGAUUCUGGAUCUCUUGUUUUGUGUAUAUUUGUCUUGCAAGCCCAAAUAUUAAGUGCUAAU